CUCUUCUCUUUGUUAUUACUUUGGAUAAUUUUUCAAUUUAUGAUUACUUCGAAAUUGGUUUUGAAUCAUUUUACACUGCGACAAAAUGAAAUUGAAAUUAGGGUUUAGCAAGCACUUUCUUACUCCAGGACGAUAUUACAAUUAUACUUUUAAUUACAAAAAUACGAAAUAUUAUUCUAAACCUAUUUUUGGUCUUUUUGGUUUCGAUGCAGAUGAUGAUGAUAUGAAUAUUGUAAUUGAAGAUAACGUACUUGCUCAAAUACCGAAUACUUUUAAUACUGUGAAUACUGUGUUAGAAUUGUCACAUUAUUAUGAUUUCAUAGUUAAUGAUGAUAUUAUGACAUUCAAAAAUAAUGUUAUAAAACUUAUAGAAAAUUUUGGUGGUUUUUAUAGUGCUAUAAGCGGAAUAUUUGUUUUACUAUUUGGCGCUUCAAAACUUUCUCCAUGGGGAAUUUGUCAAACACACUUGUUACGUUGUUGGCCAUGUCGUCGGAGAUUUAAAAAAAGUUUGGCAAGUAGAUAUGUUUCUCGUGCAGGAAUACCAUUAGUAGAAGAUCCAUGUAAUCUACCAGAGAAUGGUAGAAUCGAAGAUAGAGUAGCUAUAUUAGAAAAUUUGUUAAAAGAAUAUUAUAUUGAUGAUUGUUAUCUAGAUGAGUUAAGAAAAACACGUAACAAAUAUAUAAGAGUAUUAGGAGACGAAAAUGCAUGAUAUAAGUUUAUAAGGAGUUAAAAUUUGAUCAAAUUUCUUUUGUAUUAUUUCUUUUUUCUUUUUUUGCGGUUAACAAAAAAGGCUUAGGCUUAACUUUUAUUAUUUAACAAUAUUUCUUAUAAAACUACCUUAAUCAGGAAAUUAUUAUUUGUUUUUAAUUUAUGUACUUUCGAUUGAAAU